AUAACCAUCAGCCUAAGCAGGGGCUGGGGGUUUUCUUUACGCACCGUGGAGCCCAUCCCCACUGUGCAGCGACAUGCUCCAUCCCCUAUGCGUUUCCCAGCCCACACAUCCUCCACCAAACACAGCCGUGUUUAUCAUAGAGGCAGUGAGAGAUGACAGCGAGGAGAGACGCUUCCCAGCCGCUGUGCAGCUCUCGAAUCCAGGAGAGGAAAGGCUCUGCUGUGGACCAGACCAAGGCUAAUAACCCCGACUGGUUUUAUCCCUCCCCACGACAGGAGCCGGAGAAAGGGUCAGUGUCCGCGGCCGGGGUCCAUGCACAUGUUGUGGGGGCUGUCGCCGGCUCCGGUGCUGCUGACGAGUCCUCCGAUAGCGAUGCGGAGCAGGAAGGCCCCCAGAAACUCAUCCGGAAAGUGUCCACCUCUGGACAGAUCAGGAGCAAGACGAGUAUAAAGGAGGGAUUGUUGCUGAAACAGACCAGCUCGUUCCAGAGGUGGAAAAAGCGUUACUUCAAACUGAGAGGCCGAACUCUCUACUACGCCAAAGAUGCCAAGUCCCUUAUCUUUGACGAGGUGGACUUAUCAGACGCCAGUGUUGCGGAGUCCAGCACAAAGAAUGUCAACAACAGCUUUACAGUGAUUACUCCGUUCCGUAGACUCAUUCUCUGUGCAGAAAACAGAAAAGAGAUGGAGGACUGGAUCAGUUCGCUGAAGUCUGUCCAGUCCAGAGAGCAUUACGAGACAGCACAGUUUAAUGUGGAACAUUUCUCAGGGAUGCACAACUGGUACGCCUGCUCCCAUGCACGGCCCACCUUUUGCAACGUUUGCAAAGACAGCUUGUCUGGGGUCACUUCUCAUGGCCUCUCCUGCGAAGUGUGCAAAUUCAAAGCCCACAAACGCUGUGCUGUCCGAGCUACUAAUAACUGUAAAUGGACAACGCUGGCUUCCAUAGGGAAGGAUAUCAUUGAGGAUGAGGAUGGGAUUGCUAUGCCUCACCAGUGGUUGGAAGGCAACUUGCCUGUCAGUGCCAAGUGUGCCGUGUGUGAUAAGACAUGUGGCAGCGUAUUGAGACUGCAGGACUGGCGCUGCCUCUGGUGCAAAGCUAUGGUGCACACAGCUUGUAUGGACCUGUACCCUCGCAAGUGUCCUCUUGGUCAGUGCAAAGUCUCUAUCAUUCCACCCACAGCGCUCAACAGCAUCGACUCAGAUGGCUUCUGGAAAGCUACGUGUCCCCCAUCGUGUGCCAGUCCCCUCCUGGUCUUUGUCAACUCCAAGAGUGGAGACAACCAGGGAGUCAAGUUCCUGCGACGCUUCAAGCAACUCCUCAAUCCAGCACAAGUCUUUGACCUGGUUAACGGAGGGCCACACCUCGGUCUGCGCCUUUUUCAGAAGUUUGACAACUUCCGGAUCCUUGUUUGUGGAGGUGAUGGGAGUGUGGGCUGGGUCCUCUCAGAAAUCGACAAGCUCAAUCUUCACAAACAGUGCCAGCUGGGGGUGUUGCCCUUGGGCACAGGCAACGAUCUGGCACGGGUACUGGGCUGGGGUCCGUCAUGUGAUGAUGACACCCAGCUGCCCCAGAUCCUGGAGAAGUUAGAGAGGGCCAGCACCAAGAUGCUGGACCGCUGGAGCAUCAUGACCUAUGAAAUUAAGAUCCCACCCAAACACAGCUGCCCCACCACGCCUGAGGGAGCUGACGACUGCCAGUUUCACAUUUCAACCUACGAAGACUCAGUGGCUGCUCAUCUUACAAAGAUCCUGAACUCUGAGCAGCACUCUGUGGUCAUCUCCUCUGCCAAGAUCCUGUGUGAAACGGUAAAGGAUUUUGUUGCCAAAGUGGGCAAAGCCUAUGAAAAGAGUACAGAAAAUGCAGACGAGUGUGAUACAAUGUCUCUCAAAUGUGCCAUCCUCAAUGAGAAACUGGACUCCCUCCUUCAGACCCUCCACACAGAGUCUCUUCCUCCACUUCCACACUCCACUCCUCCCAUUGUAGAGGAGGAGCAGGAAGAAGAAGAGGAGGAGGAGGAGGCGAGCGAGGAGAGUUUAACAGAGCUGAAGGAGAAGCUGGAGGAAGAGGAGACUGAAAAAGGAGGGGGAGGUUCCCCACACCAGCUGUUCAAGUGCAGGGAGCAGCUGAUGCUCAGGGCCAACAGUCUGAAGAAAGCUGUGCGACAGAUCAUAGAACAGGCAGAGAGAGUGGUAGAUGAACAGAAUGCCCACACAGAGGAGACGGAGCUGGCAUCUCCCCUGGAGUUCAGGAAGGACAGCGAGGAGGAAAACAGAGACAGCGAGAAAGAUGAGGACACCAAGGAGCUGGAAGCAGUGCCAUCUUCUAAGAGUCCUUGUUCUCCUACGGAAAGGAGGGUGAGCCGCAGUACCCAGUCCUACGGCUCCUUCACCAUCACCCCCUUCACCACCAGCAAGGAGAACCUCCCAGUGCUCAACACUCGCAUCAUCUGUCCUGGUCUGCGGGCUGGUCUGGCGGCCUCUAUAGCUGGCAGCUCCAUCAUUAGUAAGAUGCUGCUGGCGAACAUCGACCCGUUUGGUGCCACACCCUUCAUCGACCCCGACCUCGACUCGCUAGAGGGUUACAUGGAGAAGUGUGUGAUGAACAACUACUUUGGGAUUGGCCUUGAUGCCAAGAUCUCUUUGGAGUUCAAUAAUAAACGAGAAGAGCAUCCUGAGAAGUGCAGGAGUCGGACCAAGAACAUGAUGUGGUACGGAGUUCUGGGCACAAAGGAGCUUCUACAGAGAACCUAUAAGAAUCUGGAACAGAAAGUCCAACUGGAGUGUGACGGCCAGUACAUCCCCCUGCCCAGCCUUCAGGGCAUCGCAGUGUUAAACAUUCCCAGCUAUGCAGGCGGGACCAACUUCUGGGGUGGCACCAAGGAGGAUGAUAUCUUCUGUGCGCCAUCAUUUGAUGAUAAAAUCCUUGAAGUUGUGGCUGUUUUUGGAAGUAUGCAGAUGGCUGUGUCCAGAGUGAUCAAACUACAGCACCAUCGUAUUGCACAGUGUCGAACAGUGAAGAUUACUAUCCUGGGUGAUGAGGGGGUUCCCAUUCAGGUGGAUGGUGAAGCCUGGAUCCAACCACCGGGUGUCAUCAAGAUCCAGCACAAGAACAGAGCUCAGAUGCUUACCAGAGAUCGGGCAUUUGAGAACACAUUGAAAUCCUGGGAAGACAAGUUGAAGUAUGAUAAGCCUCCCUUGCGGCCUCAUCUUUACCCACAGCAGUCUGUGGAUCUAGCAACGGAGGAAGAGGCCGCCCUGGUGCAGAUGUGUGCCCGAGCUGCAGAGGAGCUCAUAACAAGGAUAUGUGAGGCUGCAAAGACCUAUGGGCUUUUGGAGCAGGAGCUGGCUCAUGCUGUCAAUGCUGCAUCUCAUGCCAUCAACAAAACACACCCAAAGUUCCCAGAGAGUCUGACUAGGAAUACAGCUAUAGAAGUUGCCAGCACUGUCAAGGCUCUCUACAAUGAGACAGAAUCUCUUCUAGUCGGACGAGUCUCACUGCAACUGGACCCACCAGAAGAAGAACAGCUGUCAAGUGCACUCCAAAGUGUGGAGCUGGAACUGGGAAAACUGGGGGAGAUCCCCUGGCUCUACCAUAUACUGCAGCCCAAUGAUGAGGAGGUUGACUGUGCUUAUGUACCAGGACCACUCUCUGGGUUACGGCAAGAGGAACAGUCGCAGCAGCAUGUUUCGCAUAGUGCCCAAGUUCAAGAAGGAGAAGGCCGCCAAGAAGACAAGCCCUCAGUCAGUGGAGAGAUGGGGCACAGAGGAGGUGGGCGUCUGGUUGGAACAGCUGAGCCUGGGGGAGUACAGAGACACCUUCACUCGGCACGACAUCCGAGGCUCAGAACUGCUGCACCUGGAGAGGAGGGACCUGAAGGAUCUGGGGAUAUCGAAAGUGGGUCAUAUGAAGAGAAUUCUCCAGGGAACUAAGGACCUGGCCAAGGCCUCCAUGGUUGAUCUCUAGCCCAGAAGCAGGUGCUACUGGAGAGGGGAAGCAAACAUUCCCCUGACAUCAGUGGAUGUGUUUGUGAGCACCGUAAGCAAUGAAGGAGAAGGCAGAUGUUCGAGGAGAGGGUGAAUUUAUUCCUCUGUGGAGCAAGCCUUUGUGAUGUUGUGAACAAAAUGUUGUAGUGUGUCUGUUUGUGCUUUGGUGCCAAAAUAAGAGGCGAGAAUGUUGCAGGAAGUGCAAAAGGAAUUCAUGGAUCUUCACACAUACAAAAAGCCAUUUCUAAGUUAAUAUCCAUUCAUAGCACACAAUCAGGUAUGCAAAUAACCAUACUGUUGGCAGUUGAUUUGUUGUCUGAGAUGUGAUAACAAACUAGUAGCAAAACCAGGACUUCCAUGAGUGUCCCCUGAGGAAGUUAGUUUUAAUUCAGUCCAGUGUAAAAAUGUGAUGUUUACCUGAUCUCUGCCUCACAUUACAGAGCUGUCGAUGAAUUAAAGCAGCCUUCAGGUUUAAGUAGCGCUGCCACUCAGAGGAGACAGAACAGAAGGUAUCUAGAAACAGUGGGAUACAGUCGCAUGCUAUGCUUGCUCAAUUUUAGAUAUGUUUAAUUGCAUGAUUAGUGACUUGAUUUUUUGUGUGCAGAAUAACACUUGAACAAGUUUUACAUGACUUAAGUAUUACAAUGCCAUUUGUUACUACUGACGGCAACCUCUUUUCUCUAAAUCAACCUUUUUUUUUAGCUUUAAUUUAUUUUGUUUGCAUGAUAAUGAUGUGUCAAAGCUCUAUGUCAAGUGCCACAUUUUCGGUCACUUAGUGUAAAAUGUGCUUUAUUAGUAGACAUUAUAACAAGUUUUGAAAAAUAUUGGUGAGGUAUGAAUACAUGGAAUUAAUAUCCGUAAGUUGACACGUUCUCUGUGGAUGUGAAAAUCAGUACCAAAGUGAAUGUCUAAGAAAACAUCUGAUGACUUUGUUCAGAAAGCCACUCUUUAUUUAAUAAGCCAGUAGGUCUUAAAUCCAGUAAACUUGGGAGGGGGUUUAGUACUAGUCAGGAAGAGAGUAAAAUAGUUGGCCUGAAGCCAACCACAUAUACUGUAGGGUUGUUUUUUUUAAGGAAUACUUAAAAAGCACUUUUUACUUCUUGCUUUAUGCAAGUGCAAGUCCUCAUAUCAUUACAUAGAAUUAACAGUCCACCUCAACUUUUUAACUUUUGGCAAUUAACACAGUAUUUAACACUAAUGCUGAUGAGAAUAAUAGAUAUCAGUUUUAAAUAUUAGUAGAGCAGUUGAUCUGCAGCCUGCAUAGCAUUGUUCAAGUGCAGCUUUUUUUUCCUUCAAAUUACAAAUAAGGUGUUAAUAGAACACUACUUUUCUUGUUAGUUUCUUUAAGACUGGUGGCAUUACAGGGUAUAUUUCUAUAUGUGAUGCUAAGUUUAUAUAUAUGUAUAUAAAUAUAUUUGCACUGUAUAUACAGUAUACCAGUGUAUGCAAACAAUGUUUGUAAGUGUUGUAGUCUAUUGCAUUUGUAGAUUGCAGACAUGGCAUGCAUUGUCAACAGCUUACACGUUUGAUUGUGUAUAUUACACCAUAACAAUUGUGUAUUGAUUUUGUUCUAAUCUCUUGUACAUGAUAAUGCUGUUGUAAUCUAAUGAUGGUGCAAUAUUUUAUCUCUUGUUUUGAUACUGUCUCUGCAGCUUUCUGACAUGAUGUUUCUCAGUGGGGAAAACCCCUUGAAAAAGUUUUUGUACAUGUACUCUUCCUCAAGGACAGAGGAUUCGAUUUUAGAAAGCAGGCCCCAAGACAGACUGCAUUUUCUUACGGACUCCAGAUUUCUUCCAGCAGUUCACUAGUUUGUAGUUCUCCUCCUCCGUGCUUCCAAAAUGAUACACUAAAGUAGGAUUAUAUUGAUGAAUGAGUAGGAAGGGCAGACAUGACUGUUGUCUUAAUAUGUAACAUGGAUCACAAUAUGUUUGUGUGCCUGCAGUUGUGUGUUUGUGCUGCAGCAGUGGCAUAUUGUACCUUAUCAACAGUUUUAUAUUAACUUUUGCCAACUAAUAUGUUGAUUUAGAUUACCCUCUUUCAAAAAUAACUUCUAUGUAUAUUGGUUUUAAUUUAGCCCUUUACCCUCUUAUUACUAUUAAGAGAUACUUUUAAGGCCUUUAUGACAUUGAGGACUGAAAUGUACAUCGCUAACUUGCUUUAACUACCCAUCAAACCAUCCUUAAUUUUAUUAGAAUGUGAAAUGUCCCAAAGACAGAGCGGAGGUAUGCAUUUCCACUAGUAAACCACCAGAGGGAAAUCUAUAUUAUCCCUUAUUUCUACAGGUUCACACUGUAGAACAGCAUGGUUUUCCUAUUACAUAUUCUGAUUCCCUUUUGUGUCAGACUAUUGGAUUCUGUGUCUGACACAAAAGACCGAAAUGCAGAAUGAAGAUAAAUCAGUGAAACUCCAUUGUAGGAUGUACUUUGAUGACUUAAUAUUUUUGCUCACCUGCAAUUCAUGGCCAAAAAUGUUAGUCAUUAUAAACCAUCAGUUUAUAUAUCAUCAUUUUGUUGCACCUCUGACUAAAGAUAAUUUAGUCUCAUGGAAAGAACGUUGCCUUUUGUUUGUUCCGUAGGUCCACAUUCAUCAUUAACCACUCAAUUACAGUUGGCCUAUUACUAGCCAUAAACUUGAUGCAGGUUUUGUCUUAAGUGAAGCCUUUCUUUUAUUAUGUGCUUUAUUUGGAGCAGUAUAGUACAACUGCUGCAUGCUGCCUUGUCCAUGCAGUCCUCAUGAUGUUUGAUCUCAUGCACACUUGAUCAUCACACCAGUGGCCAAUCUGAAUUCACUUUCUGUUGCAGAUCUGACCUGUGUGUGCGUGUGUGUGUGUGUGUGUGUGUGUGUCAUUGCUUAUGGUUAAUUGUGUAUCCAAAGUGUCUGCCAGAUUCUGUAAAUUUCAAAAGUUUUUGGUUGCAGGCUCAUGGCAAGACUAAUGCUUGACCCUUCCAUAGAAAGUGGAAGUUGCCACCUUUCACCCUUGCUGUGUUUUCCAGUGGUCUGUAAAUAAUGCUGCAAACUGCCUGGUUUUCAAAAACCAACAAACCCAUGCAAGGAUCUCUAAAAGACAGGAUAAUAUAUUGUCUUUGACAUGAUUCCUAAAGUAAUGGGAGAAAAGUGAGUUUCAUUUGUUUACAUUAUGUUUACAAUGGCACAGGUUUAAUUUUUAAGAAUAUAUAUAUAUGUAGGUAUAACAAUAUUUGCAUAUUUAUUGCCUAAGGUUAAAUGAUAUGAUGUGUAUUGUGUUUUCACAUUUGGAAUAUAUUGUUACAGUUGUCACCUGUAUUACUAUAUGGAUGAUUUUGGUAAAGUAGUUGAUCAUUUUUAUGACUACUAAGUGACUGUUUUCUGUGCCUUUUUAUGGUUAGAAUGCAUGGUUAACUAUUUAUUACAAUUUGGAGUCACCAAGAUGUGUAUUUUUGUAUUCUGAAUAAAUAAAUGGUUCAGCUUUUGUUGUACAUUUUUAGGGUGCCUUAAAACAGGCUACCUAUUCAUAUCUCUCUUCUUCAAUAAAACCAAAUACAUAUGCAGUG